AUGGGCCGCCGCCCAGCCCGGUGUUAUCGGUAUUGUAAAAACAAGCCCUAUCCAAAAUCCCGCUUCUGCAGAGGUGUCCCUGAUGCCAAGAUCCGCAUCUUUGACUUGGGUCGGAAGAAGGCAAAAGUGGAUGAGUUCCCACUCUGUGGCCACAUGGUGUCGGAUGAAUAUGAGCAACUCUCUAUCCAUAUCUCCAAGAAGUGGGGCUUUACGAAGUUUAAUGCGGAUGAGUUUGAAAACAUGGUGGCUCAAAAGCGCCUCAUUCCAGAUGGUUGUGGAGUGAAAUACAUUCCCAAUCGUGGCCCCUUUGACAAGUGGCGGGCCCUGCAUUCUUGA